GGGUCAAAUUUUUUUAAAGUCGGUUAAAAAAAACGGUCGUAUAUCACCUAAGUCCUUCGCUCCAUCUUCGUCCUCUGUCGUUCCUGUUUUUCCCUCAUUUUCCCGAGAAAAUCGGCAGCAAAGGCUUCAUUUUUGCCCGGAGGAAAGAACCAGCCUUCAUUGUCAUGGCUUCAGAUUUUGCUUUCAAAGUUCCAGCUGAACUUGAAUCGGCUUUGCGGUUGAACACCGUUCAGUACUAUAUAACUAAGAGGCCCUGGCUUGAUCUUUAUGGAAUCAACGUGAGACCUGUUGCACCAGUUGGAAGUACGAGUAGAAAAGUACAUGUUGAUCCAGCUCUGUUGCACCGUACGUUGCCAGAUGAGCUGCUCUAUGAGGUUUUUGCACGAAUGAGUCCACAUGACUUGGGAAGGGCAGCUUGUGUUUGUCGCAAAUGGAGAUACACUAUUCGCAACCCUGUUUUUUGGCGCAUUGCAUGCUUAAAGGCUUGGCAGCUCUCUGGAGUGGUUGAAAACUAUAAGAUUCUACAAGCAAAGUACGACACUUCAUGGAGAAAAAUGUGGCUUCUAAGACCAAGGAUUCGCACUGAUGGUCUGUAUGUGAGCAGGAAUACCUAUAUUCGUACUGGAAUUGCAGAAUGGAAGAUCACUAACCCAGUUCACUUGGUGUGCUAUUACCGGUACAUGAGAUUUUUUCCUUCUGGCCGAUUUCUGUACAAGAAUUCAUCUCAAAAACUCAAGGAUGUAGCAAAAUUCAUGAAUUUCCGUUCAGCCAAGGCAGACACUGUUUUCAGUGGCCAUUACACAUUCUCAGAUGAUAAGGUUGAAGCUGCAGUUUUGUAUCCAGGCAUGCGCCCUACCGUGUUGAGAAUCCGCCUAAGAUUAAGAGGAACAGCAGUAGGGGCAAACAAUAGGAUGGAUUUACUGUCACUUGUUACAAGUGGUGUGAACGAUAAUGAGGUUUGUGGCCCUGAUGAGGAUAUCCUUGGGGUGGUUGAAGGGUGGCAGGAUGACGAGACUCACAACCCAGAUGUGCCGGCUGUCUCACACAAGAGGGGUCUAACACCCUUUGUCUUUGUUCCGUUUGAGGAGAUAGAGACAUCGUUUCUGAAUCUGCCGGUGGAGAAGAUGGAUUAUUUCGUACCUGGCUGAUACCUCAAAGAUGAUCUUCAUUGUAAAUACAUUGUAUAGUCAGAAGAAACACUUGAAUUCAUUUCACAAUGUUAUUAUCGGUCUGCGCCUUUGUUCUUGCUUCCGCUAUUCUCUCGUUUGCCGGAAUUUUAUGUAUCAAAACAUAAAGUUGUGUUCAAUAUGAGUUGUUGUAAUCUGUUGGUAUGAUGGAUUUGAGGAAUAAAGUGUAUUAUUUCCCAA